GACUUCACAUCCAUGUUUUUACAAGUAGUAAAAUUAAUUCCCCCAACACCUUAGUUCUAAUGAUGAUCCUGCUCCUUCAAUUGAUGGGACUUUCAAAAAAAUGGCCUACCUACUCGUCUGAAGAAAUAGCACGUCAUUGUACUCGAGAGUCCUUAUGGAUCGUUGUAGAUAAUUCUGUCUAUGAUGUUACCUCCUACCUAGGAUCCCAUCCAGGUGGGAUUGAAUCCCUCCUAAAACGUGGUGGGGGUGCAAGGGACUGCUCUGCGGACAUGGCAUUUCAUACUUCAAGAGCACGAAAAAUGCUAGAAUCCUUCAAGAUAGGUAUCGUUGAUCCAAACUGCCACCCUUCUAGGGCUUUAAACAAUUUGAAGGAAUCGGAUCCCCAAAAUAGCUGUUGCACGAUUACACGUACUUCAAAGCAAUCCAUAACAGAACCCCGAUUUAUUCCUUGUAUUAAGAAUAAAUAUACUGAGGAAGCCGCUAGCCUAGACGAAACCAUAAACCAUAAAAAUACCGUUUCAUCGCCUUGAAAUCACGAUAUAGCAGUUCCUGCAUAGCUAUUUGGAACGAUCAACAGAGCUGGCUUUUUUAGUAAAAACUAGGGUUCUUGAAAAGAUAUCACGCACAGACAAAAAUUUGUAUUCAAAAUAAAUAAAAAUCAAUUGAUAUAUAUAUAUAUAUAUAUUUCUGUAACAAUAUAACUAGUUUUUCCGGCCUAAUCAUGCUGUCUUCUCCACAUUUAAGGUCACUUAACUAACCUUAUUAUUUUUAGUAGACGUGGUUUGCAGAGCUCCAA